AUGGAAGAGGCCCCUCUGCUGGGCGCGAUGUCGGGCCCCGACGAUGAGAUGGUGACCGACCUUUUCUGCCCGGAGCGGCCCUUCGUCCCGGAGGGCCUGGCCCUGAGCCCCGCCGUCGUGGUGAAGCCCGAGCCGGACGAGCUGCCCGUGCUGGGCGACGCCUACCUGGGCGCCGCGGACCCCGCCGAGCCGCUGCUGCGCGCGCUCAGCCCGCCGCCCGGCGCCGACUGCCCGGGCGAGGUGCAGGCCGCGCUGCUCGGGGACUUCCCCGGGCUCCCCGAGCUGCGCGCCCCGGAGGACGCCGCGCCGCCCGCCUACAGCGUGCACGUCCUGUCCUCGCUGCUGCCCGCGCCGCGCGGCCCGGCGCUGGUGCCGCUGGGCGCCGGAGUGCGGGUGAUUCCAGUUGAGAUCAAGGAAGGGGGUGGCAGUGUCGCAAGUGACAACCCCGAGGAAGCAGCCUUCCAGAGUCCUCUUGCUCAGGAGUCCUGUUGCACCUUCCUGUCAUCCCAAGAAGCAGAGGACGCCCCUGGCUGCUCUCGCAAGAAAGACUCCGGCCCGAUGGUGAUAUGUCAGUUGAAAGGGGGGGCACAGAUGCUGUGCAUAGAGCAUUCUGGCACAAGAGAGCUCAAGGCCCUUCACUUGGUUCCCCAGCAUCAAGACCAGAAUAAUUAUCUACAGUCAGAUGUCCCAAAGCCAAUGACUACUUUAGUAGGAAGAUUUUUGCCAGUACCAGCAAAAUUAAAUCUCAUUGCACAACAACUGGACAGCGGGGCCCGCCCCUCGGCAGUUCCCGGGCCUGCUUUCCCCACAGGAUCAGCUCUUCCAGGACCACCAAAAAUCGCUUUGGCUGGGUACUGCGACUGCUUCGCCAGCGGGGACUUUUGUAACAAUUGCAAUUGUAACAACUGUUGCAACAAUUUGCGACAUGAAAUUGAACGCUUUAAAGCCAUUAAGGCUUGUCUGGACAGAAAUCCUGAAGCGUUCCAACCAAAAAUCGGGAAAGGAAAGCUGGGGGAUGUCAAGCCACGGCACACCAAGGGCUGCAACUGCAAGCGGUCGGGCUGCCUGAARAACUACUGCGAGUGCUACGAGGCCAAGAUUAUGUGCUCUUCUAUUUGCAAAUGCAUUGGUUGCAAAAACUACGAGGAGAGCCCAGAGCGAAAGACGCUGAUGAACCUGCCAAGCUACGUGGAGAUGGCGGAUCUUGAAGGCAGCCAUCAUUUGUCACCAACUAAAUUUCCAGGACUACCGAGGUUCAGAAAGGAAAGGCGGCCCUCCUCCUGCAUCUCCUGGGAGGUGGUGGAGGCCACCUGCGCCUGCCUGCUGGCUCAGGGCGAGGAGGCGGAGAAGGAGCACUGCUCCGAGUGCCUGGCGGAGCAGAUGAUCCUGGAGGAAUUCGGAAGAUGUUUGUCGCAGAUUCUCCGCAUCGAGUUUAAGUCCAAGGGGUUGAAAAUCGAGUCAAGUACCAUGUAGUAUAGCCAGCCCUGAGUGCAUGCAUUCUGAGGAAGCUCUGGUUCAGAAAGGUGGUUGGAGGAGCAAGAGGCCAGCCUGAGGCCACACGACCCUAACAAGGCCGAGCUCUUAGCUGGGCGCCGUGGCGCUCGCCUGUCAUCCCAGCAGCUUG